AUGGAGGCGGCCGGGCGGCUGGGGAGGCUGCGGCGGGAGGCGGCCGAGUAUUACCGGGGGCACCGGGUGCCGGAGCGGAUGGAGGAGGCGCUGAACGCCCUGUUCCCGCUGCGCCCCGAGGAUCUCUACGGGGAGCUGGCUAACUACCUUUCUAAAUUUUCAAGAGCACCAGUAAUAUGCAAAUUAGUUGGAAGAAAAGUUCUUGAUGGAGUUGGUCAGCCAACAUUAGAAGUGGAAAUAUACUGUACAGUUAAAAACUACGAGAAGAGGAUUUGUUCCACUGUAAUGGCUUUUCAUUCCCAAAUACCUGAAAAUGCUUUACCUGAAAUAAUUGAAGCUCUUGAGAAAGAAAGAAAUGACUCUGUUCAUACUGCUGUGAAAUGGGUGAAUGAAUCACUGAACACAAUGUUAAGGGACUUGGAGCCUACUGACCAGUGUCAAGCUGAUAAGAUGCUUGGGCUGUGGCAAACAGACCUAAUUGCCUUCCAUGUGGACUACAUUUGGGGAAACCUGGAUAAAGUGAAUAAGGACUCAGUUGGAAAUGAAUACUUUGCAAACAAGGUAGAAGAAAAAAAGGGAAUCGAAAAGCAAGAAGGAGGAGGGAAAGAGGAAGAAGAAGCAGCAAAAGUCAUUCCUGCCCGUGCUCCGUGCCCUCCAGCCCCAACAUCUAAGCCAAAAAAGGGGGGAAAAGGAAGGAAGGUGGCAGUGGAAGUGAAACCCAUCCCACCUGCAGAACCUGCUGUACCCGUGCUGUGUGGCAGCCUGGCCAUCGGGGGAACGUCGCUUGCCAUAGCAAAGGCCGGGGCCGCCGUCCGCCGUGUCCCGUUGUACUUACAUGCUGCACUGCUGAAACACAAUCAGGAGAUGCCUAAAGAAAUGACUCUACCACUCCCAAUGGUUACUCUGUUGAACUGUGAAAAAAAUUCAUCUGCAAAACUGAAGUUAGUCAAAGAAGUUAUGCUUAUACCACCAGUUGAGUUAUCAUCCAAACAGGGCAUAGAAAGAAUUCUGGAUAUUCAGAAAGAAGUGACGAGACUGUUGGAGUCUCCAGGCAAAAUGCCUGGUACACAAACAGAAAGUAAGAAAGGAAAAGCACUAAAAGCUCUGCCACCAGCCUUAAAAGGAAUGUCGUGCUUAGGCUGCCUGACAACAGGAUAUGAUAGUCUAGAACAACUGCUACUCCUAAUGCAAACAGCUUGCAACAAUAUAGGUCUGGAGCUAGGAACAGACAUGUACUUAGCAAUAAAUUGUGCUGCUCAUGAAUUAAUGAAUUAUGAUAAAGAAAAAUAUGAAAUACUCACUGGAACAUUCAAAAGUCCCGAUGAAAUGGUUGCCAUGUAUGUGGAAAUGAUUUGUAAUUUUCCUUUUAUUAUUGCAUUAAUAGAUCCCUUAAGAAAAGAGGACAGAGAACAGUGGAGCAGCAUCUGUUGUGCCCUUGGUUCCAAAUGCUACCUGAUUGCUGAAGAUGCUGCCACGCAGAUUUCCAAACUCAAAACUGACCAAAACAUAAACAUAGCAAUGUGCAGUGGUGUUGUCCUAAAAUACAUUAACCAAACCAAGGUGUCAGACCUCAUAGAACUUACUGGAAUUCUGGAUGGUCAAAGACAUAUUACCAUAUUAGGAAGUCCAGAUGGAGAAUCUUCAGAUGAGAGCCUUGUGGAUCUGGCUGUGGGCCUGGGUGCCAGGUUCCUCAAGUUGGGAGGUCUGUCCCGCGGAGAAAGGGUGUCCAAAUACAACCGGCUGCUGGCUAUAGAGGAGGAACUGGCCGCGAAUGGAGCGCUGCGUGAAGCAAAACUUGAAUUCGUUGAUUUUGCUGAAGAAUCACAGCCAGAACAACUUCCUGAGGUGCUCCCUGCCCCGGAGCAGGAUUAGCUGCCUCCACAGCUCUCGGCCAGCCCUGCAAAUUCACAGCCUGCCUGCGUAGCUCCCAGAGAACAGCACACUAACCUAGGCUGUCAACAUUAACUUUGGGAUAAAUUCCUAAGAAAAAACAUUUUACUAAGAAACUCAUAUAUUAACUAUUCCUAAAUCCAUUUAUUUUCAAGCAGUUCAGCCAAAUAUCACCAAGAGAUUUCAAAUACUGGCUUCUCUUUCCCAGGGACCAUGGCCUUCAGCUGAAACCAAAUUAACUGAGCAGUGACUGUAGUCUGAAAAUACCACGAAAUUCUGUGAUGUAUUUACAAAUUGACAGAACAAAUACUGCUGUGUUAAGUCCAAAACUAAAUGUUUGUUUUGAGAAAAUCAGUCUCCCUCCAUACAAAGAGCAAGCUGUUGACAAACAGUAAAAAAAAAGCCCAAACACAAACAGAUCACCACAUUUUACAAAAAAAGAAAGGCCUUGACUGUUCGGCUGCUCCAUCCCCCCACAUCCCCUCAAUGCUGCCCGGAGAUCCAGCCUGCAAAGGAGAUUUUGCUCCAGUUGUAGCCCUCAAGACAAGUGCAUCAGUGCAAAUCCCAAAUGUUGGGCAGAGAGCUGUGACUGGUGUCAGUAGGAAGCCUGCUCCAGUCAGCAGCAGCGAGUAACAAGUCAAUUCCACAAGGUCUGGGAAACUUGUCAGGAGUCUUUUUAAUAAGCAACAAUGAAAAGUUAAAGAAAUAAUUUAUGUUCGAGGUAACAAAACAUUUAAGUAAAAGAAACGCUUCUUAAAAAACUUCUGGGUUUUGUCUAAUUUGAAAAUC